AUGGAUAUCCUCUCACCCGUCACUAAUACACAUGUCAAGGUCAACUCCGUAGAAGAAGCCCUAUGGAAGCUCACUAGGGUCCCCAAUGGAGCUUCGGAAGAUCAAAUGCCGACGCCGCGGACUCUGGAAAAGACGCCCCCGUCUCCCCUUCAUGCGUUGAUCAUCGGCAUCAACAAGUUCAAGUCUGAGCGCAUCGUCGACUUACGAGGAUGCGUCGCCGACGCAGAUAAGAUCGAGGAGUACUUACAGGAUGAGCUCAACGUCCCGCCAAACCAAAUCAUCAAUCUGCGCGACGAGCAAGCGACACGUGUUGCUAUUCUCCGCGAGCUAAACGCACUUCGCACCCGCCCCUCUAUUCGCAAAGGCGACCCGAUCCUCAUUUUCUUCGCUGGCCAUGGUACUCGAGCGGACACUCCGAUUGGAUGGAACGCUGGUAGUGACAAGAUCUCGCUCAUUGUGCCUCACGAUUGUUGGUCGAAGGACAAGAACGGCGUAGACAUAUUGCCCAUUCCUGAUCGGACUGUCGGAGCUAUCCUACACGGUAUUGCAGAGCAAGAGGACGGAUCUGGAAAGGGCAAUAACAUCACCGUAAUCUUUGACUGCUGUCAUUCGGGAUCCGGGACGCGAGUGUCCGAGUUCACGGAGAGUCGCCUCGAGCGCGGUUUCACGAUGGAGGAGCCGAUACCCGCAUCUCUCGAUGAGGGGAUCUGGAGGAGCGCACGUGCUAUUGCGGUCGCCGCUGGAUUCCUCAACGCUGGCGCUCACUCGCACGUCCUUCUUGCCGCGUGCAAGGAGACAGAGGUCGCGCAUGAAGAAAACGGUCGCGGGGCGUUCACCUCAGCGCUUCUGCGCACACUGCGCGGUGUUGCCACGGAUAAGAUCACUUACAAGGAAGUCAUGGGUCUCCUUCCAGACAUACCGAAACAAAUACCGCAGUGCGAGGGCUACUAUGUCGACCGGGUCCUAUUCAAUGCUCUCUCUCCGAGCAAAGGGCGCGUUGUCUAUCCGGUCACCCAGGAGGGCGGGAACCUGAUCAUGCAGGCGGGAACCAUUCACGGCUUGACCCAGGACGCCAAGUUCGCUAUCUAUGCGAGUCGCGACUUCUUCCCCGGAGAGUCGCCAUUGGCCAUCGUAAUGGCCACAACGAUCAUGCCGUUCAACUCGGAGUUGAUUGUUUUGUCGCCUAAAGACAAGGAUGGGCCGGUGCUCCCAGCUGAGACGCCUUGCUUUGCCUUUCAAUCUUCGAUGGGCGAAGCUGAGGCCUUACGCAUCCACAUCCCGUUCUCCGACGAGUUCAUCCCCGCCAUGAGGGCGCUCGCUUUCGAUCUUGAACUGCAACAGGCCGGCGGCACUCAGGCGACCCAUCUCAGUGACAAGGCGAACGCGGAUCUGGCACUCAGCGUAGACGACGACGGUUAUCUCAAGUUUGACAUCCUCGACUCCCUCAUCACGGCGUACGGGAUACACGCGCUCUACCAUACGGUAAUGCCCGACUCGCGGUACAUACUCCCUGCUCUGCGUUCCGCUUCGCACUUCUUUUGGCAUCUGCGUCGCUCACCGGAGAAGAACCGCUUGCGCAGUAAAGUCGACGUGAAGGUGCAUGCACUGGUCGAAGACGACGAGGCUGAGCUCGACGAUGACCUGAUGCCUCCUCUGGUUCGCAACGGCGACGAUCUCUUCCGAGGAGGUGCCGUUGAUGUUGUCGCCGACUCGAAGGCGAAGUACGGCGUCACCAUACGGAAUAAGACCUCAGUACCGCUGCACGUCUGGGUGUUCUACUUUGACUGCAGCGACCUCUCUAUCACUGAAUACUAUCGGUCUCCGACCGCUGACCAGCCGAUCCUCCUUCCAUUUGGUACUCUGCAUAUCGGUUAUGGAGCCGGAGGAGGCCGACCUUUCACGUACUUCCUUCGCGAGGGGCAAGAUCGGGACGUUGGGUUCAUCAAACUCUUCAUCUCGACGGAGUAUGUAGAUCUGUCUAGCAUCGCGCAGGGUGUGCCAUUCGUGACCGAUCGGGCUGCGGUUCCACCGGACGUGCCGGUCUCAACCUACCCCCGUCCAAUCUGGGAUACAGUCAUCAUCACCGUCGUACAAUAUGGCGCGGCUUCAGGUUUGACGCGCGGCACCUAG